AUGACCGUAAAACUGAACACCGGUUAUGAGUGUCCAUUAGUCGGUCUUGGAACAUAUAAAAUCGUUGGAGACGAGGUUCUUCCUGUUCUCGAUGCAGCUCUGACAGCAGGUUACCGUCUUUUCGACACUGCCAAGGUCUACAAUAACGAAAAAGAAAUCGGAAAUGCAUUCGAAUUACUUCUCCCAAAACAUCAUCUCAAACGAGAAGAUAUCUUCAUUACGACAAAACUCCAUCCAAACACUGAAGAAAAUGUCAAAAAAUUGGUGAAUGAGUCUCUUGAAAAUCUGAAAACGAACUAUAUCGAUAUGUAUCUAAUUCACUAUCCAAAAUCAUUCGAUUACUCUGAUGAGGAUCCUACCAACAAAAUUCUUCGAAUUGCCACGUGGAAUGCACUUUGUGAAAGUAAAGAUGAGGGAAAAAUCAGAUCAGUGGGAGUCUCCAGUUACGAAAUUCGUCAUCUAGAAGAGCUUCGAGAGCUCGGGAAGAACUGCCCACCAUGUUGCAAUCAAGUCGAAUAUCAUCCGCACUUCUGCAGAGUCGAAUUGAAAAAUUAUUGCUCUUCGAACAACAUUUUCUUCCAGGCGUUUUCUUCACUGGCGAGACACAAUGAGGGAUUACUUUCGUCAGCAAUUAUCACGGAGUUGACUGAAAAGUACGAUGUUCCAAAGACUACGAUUCUCCUUUCCUGGGCCACCAGUCAACGUGUUGGUGUAAUCCCCAAAUCUACAAAUCCAUCCCGACUUUCACAGAACUUGAAAACAGUUCAGUUGGAAGAGAAGGAAGUGUUAAAGAUUUCCGAGUUGAAUUUGAAUCAGCACUACGUUCGAACCACGGGAUGGCUUGUCUUAUAA